CACUGCCCGUCGUAUUUGCCCCAGAUGUAACGCAAGGUGCGACAAACGGCCUCUGUGCACUGAUUCAUUUCGUUUGUGCAGUACUCUGGCUGAUCAUGUUCUCUGUCGAGGCAGACUUCUUGCAGGUUUGGUCGUCUGGGCUGAAUUGAGCGUUUAGCGACAUGGCUUGACAUUUGACUUUUAAUAACCGCCAUAGAAAUUCCCUCUUCUUCUGGUCUCAUUCCUCGGAGAGACUUUUAAAACGUGUUGAUUCUCAGGCAUAUUCAAGCUACACUUUCUCUGCUCUGUAAGCACUCUACCUAUACAAGAUCUUGAGUACACGUUCUGAGAUCUUGUCGACAUCUUAAAGCGUGAAUUCUCCAAAGUGAAAACUACAACGAUGGAAAGAAAUGGUCAAGGUAUUUUUGGCACCUUGAAAAGCAAGAUAUCGCAUAAAAAAUGGGACAAACAUAGUUCUGGGGCGUCGCAAGAGCUAUUUUCUACGCCAAUAGCGACGCAAGCGUCAAACCUGUUCGCACAGACUUCGCAACCUACGCGAAGACCGAUUCACAGAAGUGCGAGCAGAACGCCAGACGAACCACCGCCAGCAUACACUCCAACAGUGGCUUAUUCACAUGCGCAGGCGACCGGGAGCGCCAAUGACAGUGAUAGCGAUCCAUACGCGUUUUUAUCCACAUUUGAUACCAUUUUUGUGAUUGACGACAGCGGUUCGAUGGCUGGAAGAUCGUGGACUGAGACACAGCAUGCCCUCGAAGCUAUUACACCAAUCUGCACAGCUCACGAUGCAGAUGGCAUCGACCUGUACUUCUUGAACGCACCAGACAGCGUAUAUUACCGCAAUGUGAAAGAUUCUUCCGCUGUUCGCGAGAUUUUUUCGAUGGUACGGCCAAGGGGCCAAACUCCAUUGGGUACCAAACUCAAUCAAAUCCUAAAACCUUACCUCGCACGCUUCGAAAAGAACCCCGAAACUACAAAACCGAUCAACAUCAUUGUAAUCACGGAUGGAGAGCCUUCUGAUGACCCAGAGUCUGUGAUCAUCUACGCUGCUCGCAAGUUGAACAAGCUUGAUGCUAGUCCUUGGCAAGUCGGUAUCCAGUUCUUUCAAGUCGGACGAGAACCGGGAGCGAAGGAGUACCUUGAAGAGCUUGAUGACGGGCUAUCUGACAAGUGCGGCGGUCGUGAUAUGGUAGAUACACAAGCUUGGAAGAAUGAAGAUGAUAAGGAACUGAAUGGUACUGGUAUAUUGAAAGCUGUGCUUGGCUCAGUGAACAAGCGAUUGGACAACAAAAAAUCAGACAGACCAAACUACUGCUAAAAUGUUGGUUCUUAAUAGACAUUCAGAGAGAGGGAUAUCUACCGAGCCACCAAGGCAAAACUAAGAGCUCUUUCCAUCACUGUAGCAUGAAAUUCUCUGCGUCAUGGAGCGCAAGAGCGGAAUUAAACCAUGAUAUGAUCGACUAACCCUUAAAAAGCACCUGUACCUUUUGUGUUAUCAAGUUGAGCGAACUUUCCGCACCACUGUCCACGGCUGUGGCCUAAGAUUCACAAUGUCUCAUGGCUUGACAUUUUCACGGAUAUGAAGAUUUAAAGGAAAAUAGGCGAAUAAAAU